UUAAGCCCCGGGCGGAGGCGCCCCGGGGGAAGUUUGCGGCCGCUGCCCCGGCGAAGCGCCCCUUCGCCCGCGUCGCGGGAAGCGUGGCAGUGCAGUCCUGGGUAGCCUUGAGGUGCAAUGCACAGCACUGACAUGUGAGUGCCUGGCGCUGCUUGGAGGGAGACCUGCAUUGUGGGAUUGGUAUCCCGCCCUCCCCCCAACAUACACACUGCCAUUUCCUUCUGAUGCUUGGCCUUGGUGGGAAAGUCUGGGAGUGACCUCGCUUGGAUCCUGCCUCCCUCUCUAUCAGAUUGUUUUUCCUUAAGACUGACUGCUCAGCACUACCAAUAGCAAACAAACCCAAGAUGAAAAAUAAGUCAACAUUGACUUAAAAAGACAGACCAAGUUACAAUAGAACAAAACAGGACCCCAGGAGAAACUUCCAUGAGUCAGAGCUCACUUCAUCGGAAGUAUGGAGUGCUCGUCUCUUAAGCAGACGCACAAGGCUUCCCCUCUGGAACAAUCAAGCUACAAUAAAAAAAAGUCAAGAGAUCUUAGAAAUACCGAGUCUCUUCCCAAAUCCAGGAACCUUUUAAAAGGCCCUCUUUUUGAGACAGUGCCACCAAGCGAUGGAUAAAUCCCCGUCGUGGUUCCGGAAGCUGCUUGCCUGGAAGGAUGCAGGAGGAGAAGGCCAGUCAAUCCUGCAGAAGGGCCAGUGCACGGAGGGGGAAAAAUCUUGCUAUGCCAGCAUCAAUGGCGGAGAUCCUGCCGGUGUCUCCUGUGUGCCUUGUGCCGGCGUUGCCAGCCGGGGCUCUGUCACCUGCCCAACCUGCCAGGGCACUGGAAGGAUCCCUCGAGAGCAAGAACAACAGCUUGUGGCCCUCAUUCCAUAUGGGGACCAGCGACUGAAGCCCAGGCGGACGAAGCUGUACGUAACCAUCACAGUGGUCAUGUGCCUGCUGCUGACAUGUCUCAUGAUGUACUUCCUGUUCCCCCGCUCCAUCGCUGUGGUCCCGGCAGGGCUGAGUGUCUCUGCUAUCUCCUUCGACAAUUCCACUUACAGCAUCCUCCUCAAUAUGACUAACAUGCUGAAUGUCACAAACAACAACUUCUACACGGUGCACGUGGCUCAUCUGGACGUUGAGGUUUUGCACAAGGCCCUGGUGAUUGGGAAGAGCACGGCAGUGACCAAGUUACAUAUCCAACCCCUGCAAGGUGCUCAGAUCCUUUACACGGUCUCCAGUAGAAUUCUGGACAAUAAUACUUACAACAUCUGCACCUGGUCCAGAAUAAAGGUUCAUAAUGUUCUUCUGCACAUACAGGGUACCUUGACGUGCUCCUACCUCUCUCACUCGGAACAGCUGGCCUUUGAGAACUACCAGUACGUGGACUGCAGGGGCAAUGCCACGCUGCCCGGGGUGUCCAGAUUCCAGAGGUCUCUACAGCGCUCAUGAAGUCUCGGAGGAGCCCCCCAGUCGGUCCUCUCUUCCCUUCACCAAGGCCAUUGGAGCCUCUUUUCCAUCCCCCCUUAUGAAGAAGGGUGGAGUCUGAGCUGGGGAGGGGCAGCACUCCAGCUUGGGCUCAGUAUUGCCGAUUCUUCAGCAAAAGAGGAGGGAUAGCUAUGGAGGGAGAUGCCUGUUGCCCAGAGGAGGUUUGGAGACAUCAGGGGACAGUUUGGUUCUUGGAGGACUGGUGGAAAUGGACCCAGGUGUGCAGGAAAAGGCAGGGAACCCAAGGUGAAGCCACAGAGGUUUGUGGUGGAGCGGGCAGAGACAAAUUGCCCGGCUCUGGUUGUUGAGAUUGCCUUGACCUUCUGGAAGUGUUUCUGGGAGGCAGAAACUAGUGAAAGGGCCUCCUCACCAGCCUGUGUCUGUCAUGGGAGUGCUGGCGAGUAACCUCUGACGGUUUCUUCUGUGAUUUCUUUUCCUCUUAAGUGGCGGGGAGGGGAGGAUCUAUGGACUUCGUACUCCCUUGUUUGCUGAAGCAAGCCCUGCUCCGCACUGGACUUCCUUCUUCCCCCUCCGGCCCCUCCUUAGCCACCCAAUCAGCUCUGUGCAGCCCUCUUUGAAGGGAGUCCAUUGCCUUGGAAGAUGCUCAGAAAGUCACAAAUGCCCCCUUGCUGAUGCGUGUAAAUUCAGGGAGAGGAGGGCUGUGGCCCCCGUUGUCUCUUGGGUGGCACUUUAAAAAAAAGUUCUCUGAAAUAAAGAAUCUCUUGCAUUAUGA